AAGGCAAGCCAGCCGGAGCUGCUCCCUGCAGAGGACGACACCGGCGCCUUCCUUGCCCCAGAGCUUCCAUGGGCAUCUUUGGGGCAGCCGCCUGGGCAAGAAGGCGCGCCGUCUAAAGUCACCCUCGUGGACUGCCCGGAGGGACGGGCGAGAGGGAAGCCGCCUCAGCAGCUGACAGCUGAAGGUGGGGAAAAAAGUUAAUUUCUUUUCAAUGAAGUGUGAUAGAGACAUGUCCAAACCCAUGCAUAAACCACUUAAGUUUAAAUGGCUUGCUUUUCCUGGUGCUCAUACAUUUUGCUUGAAAAAUGAAACGCGGGACCAAGUGUAUUGUCCUCUCUGAUGUAUUGGGAAUCACCUCCAGGAAAGCAAGAUUAAAAAUUGACCAUGAAUACAAAUCUCGGCUGGCCAUGGAUACUCACAGGAAGUAUCAGUGGUAAGCCACUUGAUGAACAUCUGACAUAUCUUGAAAACCUGUCAGGCUUACCAUAAAUUGGGAGAGACUUAAUGGCACACAAUAAAAAAGCAGUCCUGGAAAAGCCUUCACCUGGAAGCAGAGACUAGUUACCUACAAAGCACAUCCAUGAAGAAAAGAAAGGGAUCUUGUUGGAAAUACAGGCUACCUUGAAACAUCAGGUUGUCUAAUGUGUGGGAAGCAGGAUACUGGACUACUUAGAGGAACCUCCAGCAGACCUGCUCUUUGGUAGUGUCCCGUACUUCCUGAAGGUCAAGCUGAAUGGCUCAAGUCUUUGGCAUUGGUUUUCUGCUUAGGAUGAUCUGGAAACUUGCUUUAUCCUUGUUUCUCAUGUCCACUCUGAUUCAACUAUCAGAAAGCAGGAAAAACCGUCCCGCAGGAGCCAUUCCUUCCCCUUACAAAGACAGCAGAAGCAACAAUUCUGAGAGGCGGCAGCAUCUGAACAAAGAGGUGCUCGCUUCCAGCCAGGAAGCCCUGGUAGUCACAGAGAGGAAGUACCUGAAGAGUGACUGGUGCAAAACACAACCCUUGCGACAGACUGUCAGCGAGGAGGGCUGCAUCAGCCGUACCAUCAUCAACCGCUUCUGCUAUGGCCAGUGCAACUCCUUUUAUAUCCCACGCCACGUGAAGAAGGAAGAGGAAUCCUUCCAGUCCUGUGCCUUCUGCAAGCCACAGAAGGUCACCUCCUUCACCGUGGAGCUAGAAUGCCCUGAACUGGACCCACCGUUCCGACUUAAGAAAAUCCAGAAAGUCAAGCAAUGCCGCUGCAUGUCUGUGAACCUGAGCAGUACAGGCAAACAGCAGAAGUGAGAGCUGAUGACCGACCCCACUAGCACCAUUGCGGCAUGUCUCCUUUUUCAUAGACAGAUGGACUGAUUGGUUUCUUGAUUGUGUUUAUAAUUUGUGGUUGAGUCAUUUCUGGAGCAGCUCUGUGCAUGCCAUUUGCCUACUGGAUAUAAAGGCUGGCUUGGGCUGGUCACAGGGUUAGUCCCUAUGCCCAAAGCAGUUGUUUGGCCAUUUGGUCUGUGUCACUUAAGGGCAAAGCCAGGCUCAAGCAUCAGAAAGAAUAAUGUAGGUUUCCAACAGAUUGAGUCUCACAACCAGCACUUCCACUAUGUGGGAAACCUUGUGGCUUUCACUCUAUCCUUGCAUCUGGAUGGCCCCGUGAAAGCGUCAUCAUUUCUUUCUUGUCUGUUUUGGAACAUUUCACUUCAUUUUUUGACAACCUAAUACCAUGUUCCAUAAACUGUAAUGCUGACAUGGAUACAAUUAGGUUCAGUCAUGGACAGCCAUGGUCUCUCUCGCUCUCUCUGUCUGGCCUGACUGAUAAAGACAGUUCAAGUGGCACCUGGGCCUUAUCUUCCAUGGAGAUAACCUGCAGCUUUCCAGUUAUGAGAUUGAGAAUGGCUUUUUACAAAUUUUCAGCUAGAUUGCCUCAAGCACACAUUUCUACUUCAAUGUAUCACUUGUAAUGCAGCUACAGCAAAGUUUUUUUAAAACUUAAUAUAGACACAAGCACGUAUAUUUUGUGAGAUGUCUAAGUAUUUGAAGGGCUAAGAAAAAGCAUCUUAAACUAUUGGACUAGUUUCUUCCUUAAAAAUGGCAAGAAUUUUGUUAGUAUUAGUUUUCAAGAUAAUUUUUUUUACAGUAAAUUAAGCCUUCGUUCCAUCAAGUCACUCUUGUGCAUUUAUUUUAACCUUAUGUCCAGGCAACACAAUUGUUGAAGAAAACACUGUGUUUAACUUAUUAAAACACAGUAGCAAAAAGCAACAAAAUACUGUAAUUGAGCUGAAAACACAAACUAUUUAAACCAGUCUCUGUUUCCUUUGUGCAAAGUAAUAUCUAUGUAGGGAAAAAUGUAAUGUGUGAAGUGACUUUGUCAUUCUGACUCAUACCAUGUUGCAUGUUGGAUUUCAGCAUAUUCUGUAAGUAGUCAUUUGAAUGCCUCUGAAAUUAGUUUGGUAACACUGACAAUGGCCUGCUACAUGUCUUGGACCUUAGCAUUUGCAGUGGCUGUAGGUGAAAGAAUCUAUUAUGAUUAUUUUGAGAAAUCUUUUAUUACCAAUGUCCUUUUGACAUGACCACCAAAAGAGUUAAAUAAAUUGUUUUCUUCGAGCUGUAGAUUUGGUGCCAACUCAAGGGUUCAGUGGCACAGUUCUCUAUUAUGUGAGACUGGCAGUUUUAAGAGGCUUUGGGGGACUGAUCUCUGCUAGCGCUCACCAAUCGGUUUAUGGGGAUUGGCACAGGGAGGAGGCAUUGGGCAGGUAUGUUAGCUCUCUGUUUUUCCCCCUUGGUGUAUUACACAAUGGCUGUACUGCACUCAGGAAAGUAUGAUAGGGAACACUGAGACUUGUUUAAGAUGCUACCAUUUCCAUACCUUAACACUACUUACUCUAUUUUUUAUCCUAUUUGGACCAGAUGAAAGGAAGAGAAGAGAUGACUGUUUUGUCAUGGCACAGGGUUAUGCCCCAGAAGAAUUUUUUUAAGAGAACCUUACAACAGGUUCAUAUAGUCAGAAUGUAAACAAAAGUUUGUUCAGCAAUUAAGUGAACAGUAAUGUAUGAUUCUGGGCAGGGAAAAUCCUAUUAUCAAUAGGGUUCCUUUACCAAUGUGUGAUAAACCAAUUAUAUUUGCUGCAGUAGGGGAGUGUCUCCUUAAGUUUGUUUUUGUUUAUAACGAAGAGGCGAGUUGACCUUGUAAUGGUUCAUACUAUUUAAUUUUUGUUUUAUAAAUGAAAACAAAAUGGAAGAAAUGUUAUAACUAUAAUGUAAUUAUUUUAUAGGUGUAUCAUUGUUAAAUUAUAGAACAAAUAAAGAUACUCUAGGAAUAUAUGAAAUGUAUGUAUCCUUGCUUCAUUGAUUUCUGUUAUAGCUUAUGCAGCAGUUUAGCUGAGUUUGCUUCAUUCAAUCAGUUUCAAGGUUAAGAAUCCUGCCAGUGGGGGUGAGAUUGCAUGCAGCAAUAAUCUUCUGGUGGGCUUUCCAUUGUGCGACUGUGGAUUCUGUGCAAUGAUUGUGAAAUUGCUUGUGCAAUUACUGUUGCAUGUAUUUUAGAUUCUGUCUUAAAUAUUUUUAAAUAAAAUAGAAUC